UGCAUUACUUCAUAAGACCACUCAAGAUAGUUUUAUAUGUAGUUAAGGAGUCUAAUUAGUUAGCAUCAGGAUUAGGACUCCUAGUGAGACUAAUUAGGCUCUUGGGCUUUCAUUAAAAUUUUCAACCUUUAUUUUUAAUACUUGUGCUCUGUAACUGUAAAUUUUCUAUAUAUAGGGAGUUUUGGAAGACGAACUAUCCGCAGCAGAGAGCCAGCAAAAACCAUAGACACAGUAUUAAGAUGGCGCAAAUGCGAGAUUUGGCAGGGUUUGUCGAGACAAAACAACAGCUCUUGUCUCUAAAAUCAAAUCAUCGUAUGAAUUGGAUCGGUUUUGCUGUUGCUCAUCAUUUAAACUCAAAGUAUAUUGAGAUGAUUUCUUUGGAGCAAUUUUUGACAACAUUUGUAGUUGAGGCCUUUAGAAUGGAAGAAUGUAUUUCACUAAUUUUUGUAUACAUUUCUUGUUUUGUAUUUAGUGAUAAAGGAAUCUGAAUUGGGCAUAAAUUAUGUUGUAAUAUGAUUUCUUAAGCCUAGACUAGUAGA